CUUCCUGUUCUUGUAAAUAAGAAGGCAAUAUUAACCCUGUUGAAUAGGUGUCGUAAUCUUUUAUGAAGGACAUUGAUAAGGUUGGAUUUCAUUUUGAAUUGGUGAUUUAAGUAAGUUAUGUAAACUUGUAAAAUGGAGUAAAACAGAAUUUGUAUAAAAAACAUGGCAACUGGAAGGUCAUCCAUUUACAAAGGAUCUGACCUGAUUCACGACUUCAGUUGUUCCAAGUGUGAGGAAAAUGACUUUAAUACAGAAGCCCAGCACUUCUGUCCAGACUGUGAACACUAUCUGUGUGACAAGUGUGUGGGGCUACAUAAUGGCUACCAUAACAAACACACUGUGUAUGGGCGUGGUGAUGUUGAAAAAUGGGUGGGGUCAUCAAUUGACAAAUGUGACAAACAUGGCAAAGAGCUGGAUGUCCACUGUGAUGACCACCAGGAACUUUGCUGCAGUGUCUGUGUAGCACUCAACCACAGGCAAUGUAAAAGUAUCAGUCACCUUCCAGAUCUUGCAAAAGGUUUCCAGAAGAAAGCGGAGUUCAAGCAGCUGUCAGAAGCAGUGGAAAAGAUGAGGUGCCGGUUAGAUGAACUCAAGAAGGAAAAAAGGGAAGAUCAGGCUGAACUAAAGGAUUCGUAUAAGAAAAUUAUAGCUGAUUUCAAGGCACUAAGGAUUGAGAUAGACACCAUUCUUGAUCAGAUUGAGAAGGCAACAAAAGAACAACUAGACAACAUAUUUGAUGAUUUUAAAAACGAUGUCAAAGAUGACGUUGAAAAUUGUGUAAAGAUGAAUGAUCAACUGAAAAACCUGAUGGAAAAGAUCAAUCAACUGACUGGAAAACGAAAGGAGACAAACUCCUACAUUGGAUACAGAAAAUGUACAGCUAAAUUAACCCAGGCCGAUAAUCUGAUCAGGGAGACACGUAGAAAGCCAAAAGAAGAGAUACAGUUUGUAUCUGACCAAAGCAUUGAGUCAUUCUUCAAAAGUAUGAAUACAUUAGGAUUGAUUGAGAGAAAGAUUUGCAAACCAAACAGAGAGUGUGUGUAUCAGGUUAUAGGAUCAAAAAAGUACAAUGUAAGAAUUCAACAGGAUAAAAAUAUGUGCACCAUAACAGAGAUAUGUGAAUUGCCUAGUGGACAUAUAGUCAUUUCAGAUGGUCCUAACUGUAACAUUAAACUUCUGAACAUUAAGUUUCAAGUCAUUGAUCACUGUGAUCUUCCUGGUUCUCCCUUUGCCAUGUGUCACACUGCAGCCAGUGAGGUAGCUGUAGCAGUUGAUAAUUAUGAAAACAGACAUGAAGUUCAACUUAUCAAAAUCACUGAAGGGAGACUGCAGAAAGUGAGAAAGUUCAACACAGACCAUAUUUCUCUCUCUAUCGCUUGCCACCUUGACCAGCUGUUUGUGGGAUCCGAGACUGCCCUAUACCAGUACACAAUGGAUGGAGCGCUUGUUAAGAAGAUACAUGAAGACAAAUCUGGGGACUGUACAGUCUUUAGAUGUGCUAUAAAUCCUGAUGGAGAACGGAUAUAUGUUUCAAACUUUAGCGGGAAAAAAUUGAUUGCACUGGAUAAAGAUGGCCAAGAGUUGUCUGCAUUAGAAAAUCCUGAAUUACAAAGUCCAUCUGGACUAUGUGUUAACAUCACUGGCCAAAUAUUUGUAUGUAGUGUUGAAUCUAAAACCGUAAUACAGGUGGAUUGUGAGGGCACUAGGAAGCUGGCCACAACGGCAAGGGAGGUCGAUGGCAUAAACACACCAUGGUCAGUGGGGUUUAUUGAAAGCACGUCUACCCUUGUUGUCGGUGGAUAUGAGAAUGAUAAUAUUUAUGUUCUUCCGUUAGAGAAGAUACGAGUAGUAAAGUAAAUAUUUCAAGAUCACAGUGUCACAGGAAUUUCUAAACUAAUAAAAACAAAAAAUGUUUUGAUUGAUAAAUGGGAUUUAGGGAAGACACAUUUCGCCUGGAACAAUGAAGACAGUGUCGUUUUCAAGUGAAAAAAAUAGAAAAAAAAGAAUUUUAUGAACAUUAAAGUUUUGCUGAAGUGUGCAAAAUACUGAGGAAAAUGUUAUAUCCUAAUUAUUUUAAUGAGUAGACCUCGAACGUCAUAUUUCACAUGUUAUAAUAUUCACUGAAUCUUUACCACAAGUGAAAUAUUUACUUUAGUUUUCGCGAAGUGAUAUUUGUGAUCUUACUCUGAUAACAACAAUUCGUCUUCUUUAUUGCUACCCUUAAAUGCUAUAAACUGACAUGUUAUCGUAUUUAAUCAGAGAAUCAUCCACAAUUGUAUUGAAACGUGUCGUCCUUUCGGCAAAGACGUUGAUAUUUUGUCUCACCUAGCGCUUAAACGUUUUAUUUGGAUGCCAUAAAGGCCAACACUCUGCAACAAUGAUUAUUUUUAAAUUGAUAUUUUCACUGUUUCAAACAGUGAAAUAUCAAGUUCUCUUUCAUGUUAAUUAACUAUAAACUACUAUGUAUUAGAUAAGACUAUACAUUUUUUUUUAUUAUAUUGUGUAUGCUAUAAUGCAAACAUAAGAUGUAAGAAUACAGAAACACUUUAAAUAUCAUUAAAAAAUAAUUGAGUGAUCUCACAUCAAUUAUUGACAUUAUAAUUAUAAAUUAAAUGUUUGAUACAUUUACUCCUGUUGCUGUGAGGAAAAUUGGUUUUGUUGUGAAUAUUAGUGUUGUCUUUAUCAUUGUCAGUGUAACAGCGUAACAUUACCACCUUCAAUUAUCACUUGAUUUAAAUGUAUGUCCUUGAGUUUUAUCACGAGAUGCACUUCAAGUUAAUCGUAACACAUUUUGAUAUGUACGACAUUUGAUAAUGGUCAUGUAUUUACGUUGUAUUCUACCCGUGCUCAACUAUUAUCUUUGGCUACAGGUAUGUGUCUUAUCGCAUGAGUGUGUGAUUAUGAAUGUGUCAUAUGAAUGUAACAUUAAUAUUUUACAAAUAAACAUAUUUAAUCUAGAA